AUGGAUGCAAAAGUCCUAUAUGAAAAAAUGGAGUUUACAGCUAUUCAAAACGAUCGCGAUCGUAUUGGUCCUACAAAGAAGGCAAAGAUGAGCAGUGGAUCGGAUGAGGAUCAAGCUGUUACACCGCAUCGAAUGCAAGACCAGUUGGUUCAGGAGAUCGUAGAGCACCUGACACAAGUGGAAGGUCUAUGCCAAGAGUUACGACGAUGUGUGAUGCGUGAUGUUUCGACCGUUCAACAGGCUUUGUCAUCCCCUUGCCUAUUAUUCGAAACACCCGAACUUACGAUAGAUGUGAGUUUACUAGUAAAGUUAAGUUUUCAUAUCGCGUCUUUUGAAGACACAUUCCGCUGUUGA